AUGGCUAAUAAUCUGAAUGCAGCAGUUAAAUUCCUUCUUAAUUAUUUUCUGCUUGCUACAAUCGUUCGAACCAACACGAGAGUCAGAUUUCACCAUGUUCCUGUCCACGGUGGUUACCGUCCACUCCGCAUCGUAGAUUCUCUUUCUCAUGGGCUUUCGUCGUCGAGCGGGGAAAUAAGCUUCCCCUCCGAUUGCCCUACCCUUCUUCUGGUUUGCACCUCGAAAGCCUGGCUCUCAUUCGGUAAUGUCAGCCAGUUAGCUAUCGAUCUCCUGAUCUCAUCUUUGAGAGCUAAAAGAAUUGCGUACUUGGACGAGCCUUCGGUUCUUCCUUGCGUUGGUAAUGAUGCUUACGGGCCGCUUCCAGAGGGUGAUCUGCCCUUCCCUCUUGAAGCUUACGAGUCUGCUCCUCAUGGUCUGACUCUCAUCCAACAGCGUUCUCCAGUUAUCAAGGGGAUGAUGAUUGAAUUUGCAGAAAACUUGGCUAAUUUUGUAACAGCUAUUGGAAAGAAGCAUAUUGUUAUUCUUUCCAGCUUAGAUUCUGGUAAAAGAAAGCAAAUUGAUGGAUCCAGUUUUAUGCAGAUAUAUUACAUUUCAAGUGUCAAUGAUGAUGGAAAUGAUGUAAAUUAUGAAAGACUGGGAUGGAAAAGACUGGAAGAAUAUAAACCUCUUGAGAGGAGAUGGAAAUAUCUCAAUCAUCUUGCGGAAGGAAAUCUUAGUCAUGAUGGCUUUGUAGAUCUCGACAGCGAAUUGGUUGAUGAUGAUUACUAUGCAGGACUGCCUUUUGCUGCAUUAUUUGUUUUCUGCAAGGCAAAGGGAGUCAAAGUUACUUGUUUGCUAUGCUAUUGUUCGGAAGGAGAUAAUAUGCAAGAUUCUUUCCAGUUAGCUGAGGCCUCUUGCCAGCUUCUGGGUCUUAAUCCUGAAAAUUUCCAUGGUAACGAGCCAGGAGGAUGGGCGAUUCCACUUUCAUGGAAAACAGUCUACGGGCCGCCGCCAGAUAUGUCUCUCUUCUGAUCUGUACUCCGAUCAGAUCAAAUUUGAACUCUAUAGAAUCUCAUACGGGAACUCUUUGUAGUCUGAAUGCUAAACGGUACGUUUCCGUCCUUGUUAUCUGAUUCCCACAGUAGCUGAGGUUAGUUGUCCACACCAACCUAAACGUUGAGGAGGAUAUGAUCUUGUUCUUCACAAAUCUGACUUUUUUUACCUCAACAGCUGAACAUUAUUUUCACAAAGAGUCUAUUUAUAGUUUGUCGUUCUGAAGAAAUCAUUUUGUGCAGAAUCCGGACGAAAAGAAUCAUUCGGAUAUAUGAGUGUACACACUGUGUAUAAACUCACAGUUCGGACGGUUCUUCCUUUCCGGACUCCGCACAGAAUAAUUUCUCGUCGUUAUGUAAUUCAAACCUUACACUUGAGAACACUUGGAAAUGUUUGAUUUCAAUUAUGCGUACAUUAGACCAGCAUGAAACCAUUUUACAUAGUAGAAGGAUAAAUAUUUACUGAA